UCGGUCCUGAUGCUUUCCUCUCUCGUUUUCGCGGUAAACAUCCAGCCAGAAUUUACCUUCCAACGACUGGAACAGGUCACCGGGUUCGACAUACUGCGCACCAAUAUGCGCAUCACCAAAUACAACCGCACCACUGCUGUGAUGAAUGGGACUGUGGAUUUUUACGUUGACUUGGACAACAGCUUAACGUUCCAGAUGAAGUUGGCCUACAGUCGACUCGGAAACAACCAGUUCAACCUGUAUCCGCUGCGGCUUGCGGAGGCACCGUUCUGUCACUUCCUGAACGACACCUUCCGAGAAUAUCAAGCCGACUUCCAGAAUGCCACCAACUUUCCCCAGGUGGGUCCGGAGGGGUUGUGUCCCGUUCCGGCCGGACAGUAUUGGCUCAAAAACGUAGUGUUCGAUGCAAGUCGGAUACCAUUCAUCGCUCCCGAGGGCUACUGGCGGGUCACGUUCGUGACUACCGGACCGAAGAGUACGGUGCUGUUUCAUAUCUAUGCUAAGCUUUCGAAGGAAUCGUUUUGGUGAUGGUUAUUAUAGUGAAAAAUCAUGGAAGCUAAAUAAAAUGGAUCUUCGUUGCAAUUUUGUGGCAACUUU